GAAAAUUUAGUCAGCAGUAUAACGAACAUGCUUCGGAUAACUGCACAUUGUACGUACAAGUAUAGUACUACUUAACACGAGACCAAUUACCAGGGUCCAGGGUUAGUAUCUCUUGUCUUUCUGCACCGACUGAUGGAGCCUUCUAAACCAGUCAGGUUCCAAGAUGUUGAGAUCGAUACCGCUGAGAAGGCUCCGAGUCAGGCAUCUGAAUCGGAGUCCGAGUCAGCCAAUGGUCGAAACAUGAAAUCGUUUAUAUCUCGGUUUUUUCUGUUUGGGAAGAAUGGUAGUCCUCCUCCCCCAAAGAAAUCUAUCCAUGACGCAGAUUUAAUCCCUGAGGCCACAGCUGGCUUCGCCAGUCUUCUAUGGUUCACCUGGAUAACACCUUUGCUUUCCCUUGGCUAUGCUCGUCCACUCGAGUCAUCCGAUCUUUAUCGACUCCAGGAAGAACGCGGCGCCUUGCCAAUUGCCGAUGCCAUUUUAACAUCGUUCAAGACUCGGCAAAACAAGGCUGCUGAAUACAACGAACGUUUGGCUAAGGGUGAAAUCGGACCAGGGUUGAAGGGUUUAUGGUGGUCCAUACGGGGCGUUCGCGCAGAACGCGAGAAGCAAUGGAGGGAAAAGGACGGAAAGCGCAAAGCAAGUCUCAUUUUGGCGAUGAAUGACAGUAUCUUUUGGUGGUUUUGGUCUGCUGGUGUUUUGAAAGUCAUCGGCGACACAGCACAAAUUACCAGUCCCCUCGUCGUCAAGGCGAUCAUCAAUUUUGCCACAGUGUCUUACACAAACCAUCUAACUGGUCAAUCGACGCCUUCUAUUGGCGAGGGAAUUGGCCUUGCGUUUGGCUUAUUGGCUUUACAACUCAUCGCGUCAUGGUGCACCAAUCACUUCUUCUACCGUAGCAUGUCCAGUGGUGUCCUUCUUCGUGGCGGUCUUAUCACGGCAAUAUACUCGAAAUCACUUCAACUCAGCGCGAGAGCUCGCGUCCACUUAAGUAAUGGCGAAUUGGUCAACCACAUAUCUACCGAUGUCUCCCGGAUAGACUUCUGCCUGGGUUACUUCCACAUGUCAUGGACGGCUUUGAUUCAGCUCACUAUUUGCCUGGUCUUGCUAUUGAUCAAUCUCGGCCCGAGUGCACUCGCCGGUUUUGCGCUUCUCGUUGUCGCGACUCCCGUCCAGACAUAUACUAUAAAACGCCUCUUUUCCCUUCGCAUGAAAAGCAUGGUGUGGACAGAUAAGCGUUCUAAGAUAUUACAAGAGGUCCUCAGCGGCAUGCGUGUCAUCAAGUUCUUUUCCUGGGAAGUUCCAUUCCUGAAGCGUAUUUCUGACUAUCGACGGAACGAGAUGAUAUAUAUCCGCACCCUCCUGAUCAUGAGAGCUGCGAUGAAUGCCGUUGCCCUUUCUCUCCCAAGUAUCGCUUCUGUCAUUGCCUUUGUCACAUAUUCGUUGACUGGACACAGUCUUACGGCGGCGAAUAUAUUCACUUCGUUGACCUUGUUCAACUUAGCCCGCAUGCCUUUGAUGUUUUUACCCUUGUCUCUGAGCAGCAUUGCUGACGCAGCCACAGCAUGCGACAGGCUGCUGGUUGUUUUUGAAGCAGAAACGCUUGACGAGAAACUCGUCACAAAUGGCGACAUGAACGUCGCCGUCAGAGCUGAAGGUGCCAGCUUUACAUGGGAUAGUCCGCCCGCUCGGCCCGAGGAUCCAAAAAAGAAGGGCAAGGGCGGCAAGAUGGGCAAGCAAAAAUUCCCUUCAACGCCUUUACCAGCUCCUGCAGACAAUGAAAAUAUCUUCAAAGUUACGGACAUUGACUUGGAAAUUCCACGGGGCCAACUCGUUGCCAUCGUUGGAGCCGUCGGCGCGGGAAAAACCUCCCUCCUUCAAGGUCUUAUUGGCGAAAUGCGGCGCACUUCUGGAAGCGUCGAUUUCGGUGGCUCCGUUGGUUAUUGUGCCCAAGUCGCGUGGAUCCAGAAUACAACCAUCCGGGAAAACAUCUGCUUCGGUCGUCCAUUUGAAGAGGAGCGUUACUGGAAGGCCGUCCGAGAUGCAUGCUUAGAGCCUGACUUGGAUAUGUUGCCCAAUUACGACCUUACAGAAGUUGGCGAGAAGGGUAUCUCACUCUCUGGCGGCCAAAAGCAACGCAUCAACAUAUGUCGCGCGAUCUAUUGCAAUACCGACAUCCAAAUUUUCGACGAUCCACUGUCAGCUCUAGAUGCCCACGUCGGAAAGGCAGUAUUCCAGAAUGUGUUGAAGAAAAAUGCAGACAAAACUCGCAUCCUGGUUACCCAUGCCCUCCACUUCCUUCCUGAGGUCGACUAUAUAUAUACUCUGGUUGACGGGCGCAUUGCCGAACGUGGCACAUACGCCGAACUCAUGGCUAAUGACGGUACAUUCUCUAAAUUUGUCUCAGAAUUUGGGUCGAAGGAGGAUUCUACAAAGAAAGAAGAGAAAGCAGCGGAGAGUGAAAAGAUCGAAGACAAGAAAAUUCAGAAAGGAUCCGCCGGGAAAGCGAUGAUGCAAGAGGAAGAGCGCAACACUGGUGCCAUAAAGUGGGAAGUAUACCGAGAGUACCUCACAGCAGCUCACGGCUCUGUGCUCUUGCCGCUGUUACUGCUCUCUGUAAUCCUCAUGCAAUGCUCCAGUGUCAUGUCUUCGUAUUGGUAUACUGGCAUCUAUGCUGCUCUUGGUAUCUCCCAGGCGUUGACAAUGUUCAUGAUGGGAGGUACUUUUGCAGUACUCACUUACUAUGCUUCCCAACAGUUGCACAGGAGAUCAAUUCAGCGAGUUAUGUAUGCCCCGAUGAGUUUCUUCGAGACAACGCCUUUAGGUCGCAUCAUGAAUCGCUUUACCAAAGAUUCCCUCAGGAUGCUCACAUCAACAGCAUCACAAAUCAUCGGGGCAAUCAUUCUCAUAUCCAUCAUCAUACCAUAUUUCCUUAUCGUGGCCUUCUUCAUCUUAAUCGGCUAUUACUAUGCUGCAUUGUUCUACCGUGCGAGUGCACGUGAGUUGAAGCGGUUGGAUGCACUCCUGCGAUCCUCGCUUUAUUCUCACUUUUCUGAGUCAUUAUCGGGCUUGACUACCAUUCGCGCUUACGGCGAACUGGAUCGAUUCCGCGUAGAAAAUAUCCAGCUCACUGAUGUCGAAAAUCGUGCUUACUGGCUGACAGUUGUCAACCAGCGAUGGCUCGCCAUACGUCUUGAUUUCCUCGGCUCGCUACUCACUCUCGCUGUCGCGCUAUUGACUGUUGGGAUUCGAUUCAGCAUCUCUCCGGGGCAAACUGGCGUGACGCUCUCGUAUAUCGUGAUGGUGCAACAGUCUUUCACAUGGAUGGUCCGCCAAGUUGCUGAACUCGAGAACAAUAUGAAUUCCGUGGAGCGUGUCGUGCACUAUGCAAAAGAAGUCGAACAGGAAGCCGCACAUGAAGUCGAAGACAGCCCUGCGCCAGCCGACUGGCCUUCUCACGGCGAAAUCGUCAUGAAGGAUGUGGUUAUGAGAUACCGCCCGGAGUUACCACCCGUUCUGAAGGGCCUGAGUAUGUCACUCUCUCCUGGAGAGAAGAUUGGUGUCAUUGGCCGGACUGGUGCCGGGAAAUCAUCCAUCAUGACCGCUAUCUAUCGCAUGGUAGAACUAGCAUCAGGGUCGAUAUCCAUUGAUGGUGUGGACAUUUCGACCGUUGGUUUAGCGCAGCUCAGAAAAGGGUUGUCGAUCAUCCCUCAGGAUGCUGUAAUCUCCGGUACUCUUCGGACUAACCUUGAUCCUUUCGGGCUGCACGAUGAUGCCAAGCUCUAUGAUGCAAUGAAGCGGGCGUAUCUUGUGGAUUCAAACAGUGAUCUUCCGCCUACCUCGGAAUCGUCCCCUGCUGAAGGGCAGUCGGCGCCUAGAUUUAGUCUCGACAGUCCUAUCGACGACGAGGGCGGUAAUUUGUCGAUCGGACAACGUUCUCUUGUCUCGCUUGCGAGAGCUCUCGUGAAUGACACCAAGAUCCUAAUUCUUGACGAGGCCACGGCUUCCGUCGACUACGAGACCGACAGCAAGAUCCAGCAUACCAUCGCCAAUGAGUUCAAAGAACGCACAAUCCUGUGCAUUGCACGUAAGUUCGAGAAUACGUGUCGCUUUACAUUGACUUGAAGCAAACAUCUAGAUCGUCUUCGGACUAUCAUUGGAUACGACAGGAUAUGCGUAAUGGAUGCUGGGAUGAUUGCUG